UAUUUAAUUUGCCUCGGGAAUCGCGGCUUCCAGUGGAGGACUCAGAAACCCGAGGAGUGUGUACUGGAGAGGGAGAGACAGAGAGAAAGGGGAAAAGCAGGGACCCCCCCCCCCUUUCCAGCCCCCCAGCUCCUCCUCCCUGUGCAGGAAUCCAGCCCAUGCAAUGAAAGAUGCAUCUUUGCUUCUUCCCAGCGGCGGCUGAGGGGAGACUUUGCUCUGUAUGGAUUGGGACUGGCCUCGUCCAGGACUGAUUUUCACCCCCAAGGGCAUGAAACACCCAUAAACUCUCGCUGGGGAUCCUGACUUCUCGAGCAGCUGCUUUUUCUUCUGAGCUCGGGCGGCGGGGGAGAAGAAUCAAAAAGAGAUUCGGAUCAAGGACAAGGGGGAGGUUGUAUUUUUUUUAAACCGUCCCCGUCUCCCCCCACCUUCUCGGGCUGACUUGUUUGCAUGUGCUGUGUUUGGGGGAGGUACCCGCUCUCCCACCUACCCGCUUGUAUUUCUGCCCACCCUUCGUUCCUUGCUCGGUGGCUGGGGCACCAGCAGCAGCGGCAGCAUGGCGAGCCCACCGGAGGGGGACGGCUGCUUCUCCGACGUGCGGAAGGUGGGCUACCUCCGCAAACCCAAGAGCAUGCACAAACGCUUCUUCGUACUGCGGGCAGCCAGUGAGGCCGGGGGUCCAGCCCGCCUGGAGUACUAUGAGAAUGAAAAGAAGUGGAGGCACAAAUCUGGUGCCCCCAAGCGCUCUAUCCCGCUGGAGAGCUGUUUCAACAUCAACAAGCGGGCUGACUCCAAAAACAAACACCUGGUAGCCCUCUACACCCGGGAUGAGCAUUUUGCCAUUGCCGCGGACAGCGAGUCCGAGCAGGAGAGCUGGUAUCAGGCGCUCCUGCAGCUCCACAACCGGGCCAAGGGGCAUCACUUGCACCAUUCCCACCACGAGGCUGCAGCUUUUGGAGUGGGAGGGGGAGGAGGAGGGGGGAGCUGCAGCGGCAGCUCCGGUCUGGGAGAAGCCGGUGAGGACAGCAGCUAUGGUGAAAUGGCCCCAGGACCAGCUUUCAAGGAGGUCUGGCAAGUGAUUCUAAAACCUAAGGGCUUGGGGCAGACAAAGAACCUGAUUGGCAUCUACCGGCUCUGCCUGACCAGUAAGACUAUCAGCUUUGUGAAGCUGAACUCCGAGGCUGCGGCAGUGGUCCUCCAAUUGAUGAACAUUCGCAGGUGUGGUCACUCGGAAAACUUCUUUUUCAUUGAGGUGGGGCGCUCUGCAGUGACUGGGCCUGGGGAGUUCUGGAUGCAAGUGGAUGACUCUGUGGUGGCCCAGAAUAUGCACGAGACCAUCCUGGAAGCCAUGCGGGCCAUGAGUGAGGAGUUCCGGCCUCGCAGCAAGAGCCAAUCCUCCUCAAACUGCUCCAACCCCAUCAGCGUACCUUUGCGCAGGCAUCACCUCAAUAACCCACCACCCAGCCAGGUGGGGCUCACCCGAAGAUCCCGGACUGAGAGCGUCACCGCCACAUCGCCGGCCAGUGUAGUAGGUGGGAAGCCCUGUUCUUUCCGUGUCCGGGCCUCCAGUGAUGGGGAAGGCACCAUGUCCCGACCAGCUUCAGUGGAUGGGAGUCCUGUGAGUCCCAGCACCAACCGGACCCAUUCUCACCGGCACCGGGGCAGCUCCCGCCUGCAUCCACCCCUCAACCACAGCCGUUCCAUCCCAAUGCCCUCCUCCCGAUGCUCCCCUUCAGCCACGAGUCCAGUUAGCUUAUCCUCUAGCAGCACCAGUGGCCACGGGUCAACUUCAGACUGCCUUUUCCCUAGGAGGUCCAGUGCGUCAGUGUCUGGCUCACCCAGUGAUGGGGGCUUCAUCUCUUCUGAUGAAUAUGGCUCUAGUCCCUGUGACUUCCGAAGUUCCUUCCGCAGCGUCACCCCAGAUUCCCUGGGCCAUACCCCACCAGCUAGGGGUGAAGAAGAGCUCAGCAACUAUAUCUGCAUGGGAGGCAAAGCCACGCCUAACUUGACAGCCCCCAAUGGCCACUAUAAUCUAUCCAGAAGUGGCAAUGGGCACCGGUAUACCCCGGGAGCUGGCCCAAGUCCUGCUACAGUUGGAGAUGAGGCAGGCACUGCAGCGGAGCUGGAGAAGAGUUUCCGUAAGAGAACUCACUCAGCAGGUACUUCUCCUACCAUUUCCCACCAGAAGACACCUUCACAGUCCUCGGUAGCAUCCAUUGAGGAGUACACAGAGAUGAUGCCUUCCUACCCGCCCUGUCCUGCGGCUGGCAGUGGGAACCGGGUGCAAGCCUACCGGCACUCAGCCUUUGUGCCCACCCACUCCUAUCCUGAGGAGUGUCUGGAGAUUCAUCCAUUAGAGGAGAGAGGUGGCCACCAUCACCGGGGGGACGCUCCGGUGCUACACACAGAUGAUGGCUACAUGCCCAUGUCUCCUGGGGUGGCCCCGGUACCCAGUGGCCGAAAGAGUGGUGGGGAUUACAUGCCCAUGAGCCCCAAGAGUGUGUCUGCCCCGCAGCAGAUCAUUAACCCCAGCAGACAUCAUUCCCAGAGGGUAGACCCCAAUGGCUACAUGAUGAUGUCACCCAGUGGCAGCUGCUCCCCUGACAGCGCAGGGGGGUCCAGCAGCAGCAAUGUUGCCGCUUCUGGCAACAGCUAUGGCAAGUUAUGGACAAAUGGGGUUGGUGGCCACCAUCACCAUCACCACGUUCACCCAAAGCUCUCUGUGGAGAGCAAUGAUGGGAAGCUGCCUUGUAGUAGUGACUACAUCAACAUGUCCCCAGCUGGGGACUCUGCUACCAGCAGUCCCUCUGACUGCUACUAUGGCCCAGAAGACCCCCAGAACAAGGCCGUCUAUUCCUACUACUCUUUGCCAAGAUCCUUCAAACACACGCAGCAGCAGCAGCAGCUUCAGCAGCAGCAGCAGCAGCGUCGAGGGGAGCCUGAAAAUGGUGCCAGGCUUAAUCACCUGCGCCUCUCGGUCAGCUCCAGCCGUCUCCUCUAUGCCACAGCCGCAGAGGACUCGUCCUCUUCCGCUAGCAGUGACAGCCUGGGAGGAGGUGGAGGUGCGCAGGAAGGGGCACAUGGCCAUCAUCACCAUCAGCCCCUGCAGCAACACCUGCCCCGAAAAGCGGAUAUGGUUGCACAGACCAAGAAUCGCCUGACUCGGCCCACGAGGCUGUCUCUGGACGGCCCCAAAGCCAGCACCUUACCUAGAGCCCGAGAGCAGCCGCAGCAGUCUCUUCUUCCUCCAGAGCCCAAGAGCCCAGGGGAAUACGUGAAUAUUGAGUUUGUUGGUGACCAGCCGGGCUACUCCCAUGGCUCAGCCAUCUCUCUCUGCUCUCCCACAGUCAGGUGCCCAUCCCAGCGACAGCCAGCCCCUAGAGAAGAUGAGACUGGCUCCGAGGAAUACAUGAACAUGGACUUGAGGCCUCCCCGGAGGCCUGCCUGUCAAGAAAGCUUUGUGGCAAAGGCUGGCAGAGCGUGCCCCCUGCCCACUGGGGUGGGUGGUGUGCGUAGGCCCAGCCGAGUGGUGCCAAACAGCCAGGAUUACGUGACCAUGCAGGUGGGUGGGCCCUGUCCAGGCUGUGCGGAUGCCUCCCUCAGCUAUGUGGUUAUGCAAACAAGCAGGGCUUCAGAAGAGUCCAGCGUCCCAGCCGCUGCAGCAACUGCCCCGUCCCCCUCUUUUACAACCACCUCCCCCUCUCUCCCCCAGCACCAAGGACAGGCAGAGCUGGCUAGCCGCCCAUCCCUGUUAGGAGGUCCAAAGGGACCUGGAGGGAUUAGCGCCUUUACCCGGGUGAACCUCAGUCCCAGCCGCAACCAGAGUGCCAAAGUGAUCCGGGCUGACCCCCAAGGGUGCCGGAGGCGUCACAGCUCAGAGACAUUUUCCUCUACUCCUAGUGCUGCCCGGGGCAGUAACGUUGCAGUGCCCUUUGGGGCUGCUGGUGCAGGUGGCUCUGGGGCCAGUGGCAGCAGUGAAGAUGUUAAACGCCACAGUUCUGCCUCCUUUGAAAAUGUCUGGCUAAAGCCCGGGGAUCUAGGGAGCCCACCCAGCAGGAAGGAAGCAUCCCAGACGAGCGGGGGUGCAGCCGGUUUAGAGAACGGACUCAACUAUAUCGACCUGGAUUUGGUCAAGGAUUUUAAUCACCGGCCCCAGGAGUGUCCCCCUCUGCUGCAGCCUCCUCAUCAGCCUCGUGGCAGUGGCGCAGCCAGUGGGAACGGCUGCUCCAAUGAGGAUCUAAGCGCCUAUGCUAGCAUUAACUUUCAGAAGCAGCCCGAGGACCUUCCAUAGCUCCUCCUGAAAAAUCACAGCAGAAUGAUGACCUACACAACCUCAGCAAAUCCUUCUUAACUCAUGGGUAUUCAGACGCCAAGUGUUUCAUGUCUCACAACUAGGACCUCACAUCCUCUUCCUCAGUAGAUGGUACGAUGCACCCAGUUCAGUUUGUUUACUUAACACAAACCUCAGGAGUCCCGUUGACUGAACUGCACAUUCUCUGUUGUGCCAAGCAAAAAAUAAAAGCACUGUGACAUCAGAACAAGGAGUCUCCAUAACUUCAUCGGCAACCACAAGGACUUGGCUGGCCACAAUGAACUGACGUGCCCACCACUAUAUCAUAUGAGACUGGGUACAAUUAGCACAUUUACACAGUAUGCUAAAUUUCAUUUGCUGCUGAAAAACCUGUAUGACAGAUCAUCAUUGUAAAUUAUUACAUACCAAACUGUUGAUGCUGGUUGGAGAGUAUUAAAUAUUUAACAUAGGUUUUGAUUUCUAUAUGUAAUUUUUUUUUAAUUAAAAUGUAACUUUUUUUUUUUCCUACAGCACAUCUUUUUUUUGGAUGUGGAACUGAGGUACACUAUGUUCUGUUGUAAACAGAGUGGGGUAACUGCUUAAAAACAAGGCUAAUGAGAAUAGAGUAGGGUACUAUUCUUGUUUGAAGAUUGUAAUUCAGAAAAUAAUAUAAUAUUAUUCCUAGGUCCGCAGAUGACCCUCGAUUGUACAGCUAUAUUUACUGAUAAUAUCUCUUGUAACAUAAACCUGAUGUUGAUCUGAGUUCCUUACGAUGAAAUCAUAAUUUUAUACUUCUCUUAUAAGACAAUAGUAGGCCGUGUUAACUAAACUGAAGACAAAUUUUCUAUAUCUGGUAUUUGCAACUGUCAGCUUGAACUCGGCAAGUGCGCAGAAACAAAAAUAUGACAAAAAGAAAUCAAAGUCUUCCAUUGUAUAUAUUGUAAAAAAGCAAAAAAAAGAAGAAGAAAAAAGAAACAUGGGUGAUCUCUUCAAAUCCAAAUCUCUCUCGGAAUGAACAAUGUGGGUGUUUGUAAAUUCUGGAAAUCUCUUUCUAUGAGUAAUAAACUAGAUGCUGUUUAUCUUUUUUUUCCUUUCCCCCUUCUAUAAGCUAUAUCCAUUCUCACAGUUUUUUUUUUCUCUGUGCACACAUACAGAUAUUUCAUUUCCCAUGUUGUCUUGAGAAUGGCAGCAGGACAAGUGAGUGCUUGCUAAACGAAAUUAAAAUUCCAGAAGGUGUAUUAAGAUAGCUAGGACAACAUCUCACUCUACUAAAGACCUUUAUCUCAUGUUUCCUGAGACCUUUCAGUGUAAAGCUUUUAAAAGAAUGUAAUUAGACUAUUUUACUUAAAGGGCCCUAACUGACCCGUUAGUGAUUAUUUAAUAAAAUCUGAGUAAACCAGGAAUACUUAAAGGAAUGCUAAUAUGCCUAUGGAGCAUCAAAGCAGUCCCAAAACAGUUCAUCCUUUUCUUGUUCGGGAGACAAACAUCCUGGGAAUUUUUUUUGUGUGUGGUUGAAGAAAUGGCAAUGAAUCUACCUUUAAGAGGCCUGAUUACAGAUUUUUAUAUUUUCACUGGUGAACUUUCUAAUACUUUAUUGACUUAACUUAGAUACCAGGCUCCCUCUGAAGUCAGUAGCAGUUCUGUAUCAGGGGGCCCCAACUUUUUUGUGGGGAUGAGCUAUUUUUUAUUUCCUUAAAACUUGAAAUCACUUAGGGAGAAGAGCUUGAUAGAGGCCACUGCUCAGCCAUCGACCAGAUGGGAGCUAAUGCACCACUCUUUCGAAGAGGGAUGGUGAUGGAGGAAGGAGAUAAGUGAAUAUCCCAUCAUGCUGCCAAAGCCUGUGUGAAUAAUGUUAAAUCAGCUGAAUGGCAUGUGUCCCACAGGCUGUUGUAUUAUGAUUCAUCAUCGCAGAUCCCAAUACUUUGCAUGUUCAAACAGUGGCUGCAAUGAAUAGGCCUAUAGUUAUAAACAACGAUUUAAAUAUUUUUUAAAGACCUUACUGAAUAUGAUUACUCUUUGUAGAAAUUCUCUCUAUUAAUUUUGAAAAACCUGCUAUGAAAGACUUCUUUUUUUUUAUAAAAAGCAGACUUCCAUAAUUGAGCUGACUUUCAUUAUUCACCUGUUUUGACUCAUCUUUUUGAUAGUAUACAGAACAAAGCAAGCUUUCCUGUUCUAUUCCAUUAAGAACUCAAGUAGUUCUAGAGAAAUCAGUGAACCAAGUCAGCACCGACUUUUCCUAUAAAGCCAGUUGUUUUUCCAUCAGCUCAAGAAACCUAACCUUUUCAUGGAUAUCUUAACCUUAGGCCCCUCUCUUUGUGGAAUUGAUACAACUUUUUUUUGGCUCAGCACCCGUUAGAACAUUAUAUAUUGUAAAAGAGAUUUCCUCCCUCCCCCAGCUUUUUAAUGCCUUUGGUUUGUCGAGGGGUUAAAUAGUUAAGAGAUGAUAACUUUUCCCAGGUUGGUGGACCUGAGUUUGGUGAAGGCAAAGGAGUGACUUGUGUCACUUGAUUCAUGUAAAAACUGAUAGAAGGAUGGGUGUUCAAGGAAGAGAUCUCUGCCCCAAUUUCAUGCAGGUGCCAUCUUGAGGACAGUCAGCUGCUUGAGUCUUGAUUGGGUUCAACUGAAGCCCAGGUUGGUGUUUUAAAGCCAAUCAAAGAAAAGUCAGAGGCUUGAAUUAAACAAGAAACUAAAAGUGAGGUUUUUAAUGUUCUUUGGUUAGCAAAAUAGUUUGUCUUCAAAAUCACCCCCAGCCGUUUGUAGCAUUCAUUCCUAUAGGCUCAACCACAGACUUAACUAAAAUUAUUGGAAAUGUUAAGUAUGUUUCCUACCUAAGACAAUACCCCCAUUGGUUUAAAAAAAAUUGUUCUAGAGCCAGAUAAAAUGAAGUAAUUCCUUUAUUGAUGAGCCUCCUGACAAUGAGGACAAAUCAAAGGUAAUUUUAUAUAUCUGGCUAUUUCUGGUUACCUGCCUAAGGUCAAGAACUUUUUCACUGGCCUGGUUUGUAUCUUUUUUUUUUUUGCUUUGUUUUUCCACAACAACCUUUAUUAUUCGAGUUGUUCUUAUGAAGCUGAAUUUUUGAACCCUAGUAUAGGACUUUACAUUUAUCCCCAUUAAAUUUUAUCUUAAUAGAUCUAGGUUGAUUUCAGUAUGCAUUGAUUUAAAAUUUUCCUAACAGCAAAUACACAAAACCUUUCUUUUUCCCAAAUGUUUAAAACCUUUGUAACAUUUUUGUGAAAUACUAAGGAGCCUCUUCAUUGUUUUUACUAAAACUCUUAUCCUUUUGUCAUCCUGUCCUAACUAUAAUGUACCUUAUUUAAUUAGAGAGAAAAUAUUUACACAGGUGGAAAAUGUUCACGUUCUACAGUCUCAGUGAAGAGUGAGAAAGUAAGUUCUUGAGAGUGGGUGUUCAUGGUCCUCAUGACUGGGUAUAGUCAAAGCAGAUUCAUUUUGCAACUGUUGUGAGAGGAUCGAAUGAAAUGAUACAUGUAAAGCACUUUUCAAACCAUAAAGCACUAUACAAAUGUUAGCUAUCAGAUGAUAAGAUCCUGGAGCCCAAGACUGCAUGGGAAUUAUGACCAUGAUCUUGGAUAGACAAAUCUGUUGGGAUGGCAUAUAAAAAUAAAAAUGGACCGGCCAAAUGUGACCUCCCAGCAAGCUGAAGGAGGAGAUGCUUCAAGAAUACAAUAAAAAUCAGGCUAAGGCAACAUUGCUGUCUUGUAGGUUGCUAUCAAACCCAAGAGGAGAGUGGCUGCCAUUUUUAGGGGUGUGAUAGUUCUGCCUUUUCAGUCUACGAAUUAGAAAGCACCAGCCAGAGAUGAAUGUAGUCUGUGAAUUAGAGAGGGAGUGUCAUAUGUCUACCACUCCUGCUACUUCCCCACCCAUACCAAGCAGGAACAUUGUCUUUGUUCACAAAGACAAUGGUAUUUUCCUAACUUAGGGAUGAAUAAAGCUGUAGGAUAUAGUGGAGAGACAGCUGGAUUUGAAUUCACAAAGAAAGAUCUGGCUUUAAAUGCAACCUCUGAUAUUGCCUGUGUGACCCCAUGGCAGUCGCUUAGCUUCUCUCAAUCUCAGGCAUCUCUCUGAAGACUUUUAAGUUAUAGUCUAGAGGUUGUGAUCUGUGUUAAUGGAAGGGAGUUCUCACAUCAGGAGAUCUAUACCGCUGAAAUCACUUUUUGACGCAUGGAUGAAAAAUGUCAUCAGCUGGUAAAGCAACAUCCAAAGUGCUGUAGGAGAUACAAAACAAAUAUGCUUAAGUCCCUAUCAUUUAAGGAGUUUCUACUACUAAGGAACUUGCAAUCUAAUUUUUUUUUAAAUUGAGAUUCCAUACCCCAGGGGGAAUGUGUAUUCAUGUGCAUGCAUGUGUGUAUGUGUGUGUGCAUGUAUGCGUGUAUGUGUGUGUGUGUCUGUGUAUGUGUGUGCGUGUGAUUCUGGAUGGCACAAGCAUUGUCUUGUCCCGUUGCUGACCUGGCAUCUAUGAUGUGGAAUUAUCAAAAAGUCCAGAUGUCACUUAUAGUCAUUUCCCAAGGGUUAAGCAUCCUCCCAGUGAAAGCAUACUUAGAACAAAACAGGAAAAUCCGUCUACACCUGUAGAUAACUUUAGGCAGGUCUGUCUUCACUUGUAUACACAAACAACUUGUAGCAUAGCAGUUCUUAGUAAUUUAUGGUAGGCGCAGGCCCUGUUUCCUCAGUACAAUGCUACUUGAAGGCACAACUCUUUCUUCACGCCUCAGGGACUGCCUUUAGGAUGGGAAGAAUAAAAGAUAUACAUGUUUUCACUGCAAAUGUUUGUACAGUUCAAUUCAUUAGCUUAUGAAGGUGCUGCCCGUGGUGCUAUUUCACUUGUGUUCAAAAAGAGACCAAGGCAUGGUCUGUAUUGCUACCAAAACAUUCUCUUGUAUAGAUGUGUAUUGAAAAAUGUAUUGUGUGUGUGUGUGUGUGUGUAUAUAUAUAUAUAUACAUAUAUAUCUAUAUAUGUCAUGGGUACCAGGCCAGUUGUAUAUUUCCAUUUAGAAGUGUUUCAUUUUUCAAGGUUUUGGUAGUGUUCUGAUUUUAAUUUUUUUUUCUUGAUUUAGUCUCAAAGAUUCUGUCUGGUACUUAGAACUGUAGUGUCUUCAUCCCUGAUUAAAGAAAACUGUGGAAAUGAAUUCACUGAUGUUAAUUGAUGUUAGUUAUCCUCAGUGUCUUUGGUAAAAAGAAUACUAAUCAAAAACAACUAGUCAAGCUUGCUUUAAGACUCACCUGAGCAUUUGGUUUCUCAGGUGCUCUGGCCAAACAUCUUUGAAGAGGUUUGAGUAGAUUUGAAGCCACUAACAUAAUUAGGUUCACCUUGCCCUGCCCCCACCUGCACUCCCACUUCCACUCCCACAACAACUUUAUUACCUCUAAAGCCUCAGAAACACCAUCCUCUUGAAUUGGCCACCUUGGACUCCUAGAAAGGACUUAAGAAAUAAGCAGUGAGUAUGAGAGAGAUUUUGAAUUUAAACUGCCUGUUUCCAGCAUAGAAUCCAAUUCCAUCCUAUAAGCUUUUAUGCCAGUUGUAAGCCAACUAUGUUUAGACACAAUAAAUUUUGAAACCGCUCAGAAACAGUCUAAAUAUAUGUUUCACCUUUAUUGGUGUUAAGUAAAAGUUUGUUCAUUUGUCCUAAUUUGACAGUGAAAAACAUGUUUCAGGAUAUUUUGAAACAAAUCCUAUUUCUUUCUAGUGUGAUGCUAUCAGGGGACCAGGAAGCUGAGUUCUAAGUCUCAGAGAAUCUUUUAAGGGCUUAAUAAGAAUCAGUUAUAAUUAACCUGCCCAUUAUUUAGCUGUACUAUUCAGAGUGACUCUAUGAGUGCUUAAAUCAUUUGUUGCCCUUAAUUGUUAAGGAGAUUUUUCUUCUUUGCAAUAUCUUUGCUUGGUAUUUGGCGUGAGUUCAAGGUCUGAUUUAUAGAAUAUUUUUUAAAGAUUGUUUUUAUUCAUUCCAAGUCCAUAUAAUAAACUCAAACUAUAGUUAAUAAAAUGUUGCCAACA